CAAGUUCAGUAGUUGCAAAGCCUCGUGGCAAGAAGAAGAUACAUAAUGCACAUUUGAAUCGCAUAGAAAAAUUAGAAAGCAACACAGUAGGCGCAUUAUUCCUGCAGCUUCCUAGAGGCUAUUCCAGGAUGUCUCGCCCUCAAAUCAUGACCGUCUUCCUCGGCAUCGCGGUGCUUGCUACCCUUGUUCUCACAUCCGAGGGCCGCAUUUCUCGGAAAGACCUAGGCAUCGACCUAGGUGGUGGUGGUGGUGAUGGAGGUGGCAUUGGACUUGGUACGGGGACAGGGAUCAGUAUUGGCAUUGGUGGUGGCAUCGGUGGUUCUGGCUCUGGAUCGGCAUCUGGGUCGGGUUCAGGGUCAGGAUCUUUCUCUGGCUCCGGUUCAGGCUCAGCCUCAGGUUCUGGGUCUGGCUCAGCAUCAGGUGCUGCUUCAGGUGCAGGGUCGUCAGCGGGUUCUGGUGCGGGAUCAUAUGCUGGGUCCGGCGCAGGUUCAGGAGCUGGGUCUGGUGCAGGAUCUGGUUAUGGUCAAGGGCAAGGUGCUGGUGAAGGCCAGGGCCAAGGAUCUGGAUAUGGUGAAGGUCAUGGCUCGGGCCAUGGACAAGGUUCGGGGUCUGGCUCAGGCUACGGCGAAGGUCAUGGCCAAGGAAGUGGCUCUGGUCAAGGAUCCGGCUACGGUGAAGGUUAUGGCUCCGGAUACGGUCAAGGCUCUGGUCGAGGUUCCGGCUAUGGGGAAGGCUAUGGUUCCGGUUACGGCCAAGGCUCAGGCUCCGGGUACGGUGAAGGGUACGGUGAGGGCUCGGGAAGUGGAUAUGGAGAUGGUUCGGGCUCAGGCUAUGGCGAGGGACACGGCUAUGGUUCCGGUUCCGGACAUGGCAAAUAAGAAUAUGAAGAAGAGUCUGCUAAGUGUGUGUGUGAUCGCCAGUUUGCCACUACUGUGUUCUCUGAAACUCUGACGUCCUCUGUGUAUCCCAUAAAUAAGCACGUGUGAUAAGUGAUGGACAACGAAUGUCAUGCUUAUUGUUUUUACCAGAGCAGUGCUACAAAACUUACGUGAUCUUUAGGUA